UCGAACUUGAAGUUGUUGGAGAAGGAUACCAAUGGGGUGUGGAGGAACGAAAUACGGAGUGGUAGAGCACGUACACGAGAGGAUUGAAUCACCAAAAUUGAAUCCCGUGUGUUCAAUUGAUGGAUGGCAUGCAGGAAGUCCCUCCCAGCCAGGUGAUCCGCGGCUCCGGCAUUCCCUUCCAGUCGCUCGCGUGGAGGCUCCUUCAGACCUGUGAUGGCGGCCCAUGGGACGCCACUAUCGCCAGCGAGGUCGUGGACCUCAUCUGCGCCUCUCAGCCGCCAGGCAUGGACGCCAACGGCCGGCCAUUCGAGGCAGCCGAAGUCGAGAGAAUGGGCGCUGAUGCUCUCGCCUACAUGGGGAAGAAGGUCAGUGGUGGGUAUGCAUGGAGGGAGAUGUUCUUGAUGCGACGAAUGCCUCGGUUGUUUGUGUCUGCAGAUGGGCCCAGCUGAUGGGUGUGGCGGAGUGGUUGACGCUCUCGAUGUCAUUGUCCAUGCGACGCUGGUUUACUUCCGCCGCCGGCUGGAAAAGCAGCCUCACGCGAGCGUAAGGACGCGACAGCGGGCAGCACAUCACAUGUACGUCUCAGCAUCGAUUGGUGUCUCCCUCCCUCUCUGCUUCAGACCGAUUUCAUAGAUGCGCUGUUUGACAAGAACAGCGGCCUGCUGGCUCUGCUGUCAGACCGUCUCAAGAGCGAAAGGGGCCUCAUCAAACACAAGGUAGCUGGCAGUGAGUCUCAUUCGCCGCCUAACAUGGGCGGCUGUGUGCCAUCCGUCGUGUGUUGAAGGGUGUGGAGUUCCUGUGGGGCCUAUGUGACUCGUCCCAGCUGCCAAAUGACGUCCGCUCGUCGCUGAGGGAUCAGCUGUCAGUGCACGGCUCGCGGCCUGCAUCGGCCCUGCCCUUCCAAGAGGAUCUCAAACCGUCUGUCUGGUAAGCAAGCGGUCAAAGGGACUUGCCCGCUGACUGCUGGUGGUAAUUCAGGCUGGGGCUUGUCCAGAAGUUGGGUGGCGACUCGUCACUUUAUCACCGUGGGAUCUAUCCACUCACACCCGAUGGUUUGUCUGCCAACCCACUGUUUACCCAAGCCAACCAUGCUGUUGUUCUAUGUGUGCGUGUGUCUCAGGUGUGUCGAUCGCGUCGUGCCUCCUACGUACGGCCAUUGUUGGCGGCACGUCGGCACUCGACGACAGGGGCCUGCUGCCGCCGCCUCUCAUUUCGCCCUCACUCAGACCCUUCCUCACAAUGGUCGCACAGCAGAAGGAGGCGCACUUCAAGUAAAUGUCCUGCCAGCCAAAGCCUGCCAACACAGAUCGCCUCAUUGUCUGUGGUGUGUGUUGUCAGUGGUGGCCUGCGCGCGGUGAUCGACGUGUGGAUGAGCAAUUUCGGGGGGCGUAUCGUCGCUGCCACGCUCAGCAGGCUGGCGGCGGACGACGCCACGCCCAAGCAACAGCCGGGGGUACGAAUGCAUCUAGCGCCACCCACUGUUUUUCAUGUGAUGCUUAUUCCUUUGUUUCCUUUGUGCAGGCACUCCAGUCGCCUUACCGCGAGAAUGAGGCCAUCAAAGUGGCACACCGAUUCUUCGAUGCCAUCAUCUCUGUAAGCAAGAAAGGGAAGCACUCACGGGAGAGACACAGGACGCUCGCUUGUUUACAGUCUGUGCAAGAGCUGCGGCAGCAGGCGACACAGCGAGGCAGCGUAGCCGCUGCCGGGGCAGCGACGGGUGGCGUGGUGUGGAAUGCGGGGCUGUCGGGCGGCGGUCUUUGCGCGCUGGGCCUCAUCUGCGAGGCAUUGAGAGAAGAGGACGGGAGAAGACUCAUCAAGGGGUGAGUGAAUGAGUGAUUGAGAGUGAUCGAUCAGCCGAUAUGGGCGUCACAUUCGUAUACGUGUCUGUUGUCGAUCGCAUGCAGUCAGCAGCCGUUGUUCGGCAACCUGUACGCUGCCAGCCUGCCCGCAGGAAUGACGAUGCCGAGGCCCUCAGUCUCAUCGUCACGAAGAAAGGUGGGCUGCUUACUUCACUCAUGUGCGCUUCUGACCCGUCUGUGUGUGCUUGGCAGAGCAGGAAGGGUCGCUCAUCUUUCGAGGAGGACGAAAGCAAUCCCAUGCUCUACGACGAUGAAGACGAAAGUGACGAGGAAGGUGAGUCGGCACAGCACACGCACAGACACCCUCGUGGACUGUGUCAACCAAUCAGGGUUGGAGAGGUCGUUUGCCACCAUGUCGGGCGGCGGUGACCUGAUGGUCUACGGCGCCGACACGAAGGACGACGCCGUCCAAACACUCAGAGAGUAUGGCAGAUGCGGAAGCUUCCUCCUUCUCGGUCAGUGAUUCACAAAACCCAAACUCACACGUGUAUCUCCUUGUUUGUACAGAGCUGUUGACAUUCGGUCUGCAAAACCCCAAGAAAUUCAGCCUAGAGGUUAACCCACUUCACCCACCCAUCCAGACAGACACAACGAGUGACUGAAAACACCCUCCCCUCUCCCAUUCAUUCGUGCAUGCAGCUGGCCCGUCGGCCACCGGAGAGUGCUCUGCGCGUGUGGAUCAGCCACGCGCUGCCCCUGACGCUGGAUCUGAUCUGUCUGGGGAGGUUUCGGUCGGACAGCGAGUCGCGGCCCACAAUGUACCCGGGUGGCGACAAGCUGCGGCAGAGGGAGAAGAAGAACAUCAAACCCGAGGGGCUCAGAGAUAAGGUGAGUGUUGGUGAGAGACAGAGGAUAAUUCGUGUCUUGUGCGAAUGCUUGUUGCCGUCUUUUGCAAACAGCUUGAUGCGCUGCGUUGGCGCUUGACAGAAGUCUGUGACACGCUUGUCGGUGAGUGCCUUCUGAAUCACUCUAAGCCUUCUGAAUCACUUUUUUCUCUUCACUCGUGGAUCAGACUGUGCUCACGACAGCGACCUGCAGUCAAAUCUGAAGGAUCUGCUGACCGCCUCCCCUCACCUGCGGAGGUGCGUAUCCACUCAAUUCCGUACGCCUUCUUGUAUUCCCUCCCUCCUACAUAUGUCUCCCCAGUUCUGACGCCGCCCUUGUGCGUCAAGUUGCCACUCGGUGGAACGUCAAGCUAGAGCCAGUGCCCCGUCAAUCUGUCGCUCCCUCACAGCCGCCGAAGCCCUCUGUGCCAGCGGCGGAGGAGGAGGUGGUCCAAAUACCAGAGGAAGAGACCAAGGUGACACAUCAUCACUCCUUCAUGACGAUUGAUUGAGUCGGAAGUACUCGGAUUUCCUGUUGUCGGCUGCUGCAGGAGGAGGAAGAUGAGGAGGAAAAGGAGGAAGAACCUCCCAAAGAGUAUGAAAAGCACGAGAGAAAAAACAUGAGACCUCCAGAAAUGUAUUGUGCUGUGCCGCGGUCGUUGCUUGCAGGGUUCCAAGAGGCGAUGGCUACCGUCGCGGCGACACGUUCGAUAACCCCGCGGCACCGCCAAACAUCAGCGACUCAUAUACUAAGCAGACGGCGUACCACCUGCUGCCCCCCGACCAUCCCGUCGUGCAGCCACCUCCUGAAUCAGCACAACAGCAGGAGGCGACACAGGUUCCGCCGCAAACGAGGGAAAAGGAGACAGGGUCUACGAGAGACAAGAAGACGGGAGCAAAGGAAGUAGAGCCAGCCGUUGAGCAGAUCGUGACCUUUUCCCCUCUCUCGCCCAACCCCGCCAAGGCGAAGUUGCCUGACAUUCCUGCACACGCGCCAGCAAUACCAGAGAAGACACUGGAGGAGCCGAUGAGCGACCCAACACCCAGAGUCAACUUUGCCAACACACAUUCACCCUCAGCCCAGCUGCUCGCCCCUCCCGCCCCUGUGGUGACACGCCCAGCCGCAAGAGGAGACGCCACACCAGAGCCGUUGCCCGGCGCAAGGACGAUGGCCAUGGUAAGCCGCGUGACCACCGUCAACACGUCCAUCAAAUCCCCCAACGAAUCGAUGAGCUCUGGGGAGACGGUUCCAGCGGGAAGGAGAGAGGAGCAGGAACUCACACCACCUGAGCAGGUCUUACCCGUCGCAGAGAAGGAGGAGAAGGGCAUGUUCCGGAAAAUGUGGGACCGGGCGACACAGGGCGUCGCCAGACCCAAGCACAAGGCGUCGCCCGAGCGAACAACUGGCCAGAAUGGUCGGGAGAGGGAAACGGGAGAUCUGGUGUUGGUUGAGGCCUUGGGAGAGGGAGAGCAGACACAGAGAGUGCGCAUUCCCGCGUCAGGCGGUGCCGUGUCUCCGAGCGUCCAGAUCUCCAUCGGUCCCAUCAACGGUGUCUCAUACGGCCCCGCCACUGCCACAGCAGCCCCACACACAGCCGCGAUCAAGCCCCUCCACGAGACAUCACAACGACAGGAGCCCUUCUCUCCCACCUUCUCAUCGCCCGAUGACACGCCAGCCGUCGGUCAAGACGAGCACAUGGCUACCAUGUCGACCCUGAACCAGUCGGCACCAGAAUUCCAUUCGGUACAUCGCCUUGGUGCUGACGUGUAUACGCGUACGUACGGCCAUGGACAGACGUAUGGAGGCCAGCCGUCAUCGCAAGCGAUAGAGCGGCUGACGGCAGAGGUCAUGGCGCUGCGAAGCGAGACGGCCGAGCUGAGGGCGGCGCAGCACAUGUUGAACCACCAGCUCAAGACGAUGCGUGUCGACUGGGCAGGGGAAAAAAUGCAGAUGCAGGAGCAAACACAGAUGACUGACCAGGUAUGCGAAUGCGGACACAUCAACAAGAAGACAUUCCACUCGUUGUGUCGCAUGCAGGGCACUUUAACCACACAGCAGGCUCUCGCACUCCCCCCUCCACCCACAUCCACACAGACAUACCGCCCCCAACACAUAGUGUCUCAGACGGCUCUUCAGCCGUCCCCCCUCAUCUACUCCCCAUCAACAAGCCCAGCCGUCCUCUCUGAGAUUCCACUCGCCCCUCGCUUCGUUUCUUAUGUCCGUCACCACAGAAGGGAGCUUCCCUAUAACGUGCGAAGGUACGACUACUACCCGCCGGCACUGUACUCGGGUUAUCGCAGCACGUGGGAGCGACAGCGAGAGGCGACUGAGAGGAAAAGGGAGCUGCAGAAAUUGGAUGAGGAGGGGGUGAGGCACCAGAUGACAGACAGGCGGAUAAGGGAGGCCAGAGAAGCUGUCGAUCGCAUACUUAUCCGCCAGUAGAGAGGGACGUCAUGUGUUUGGUCGUGUCUGGUGCGUGGCUAAGAUGCGCACCGCCUAUGUCUGCAUGCAUGCAUGCACAAGAGAGUAUGUACGUCCUUGGCCAUCGAUAAGACCUGUGUGAUAGAGAUUGCAUGCGAAGGGUAGCUUUGUUGACCGUCACUCUUGUUUCUCUUGACAAUGAGCAGCAGAAGGGAUGUAGCGGGAGCGUGGGCUCGGUUUGCUUGAACAGGUGAACCAUCUGCACGGAGAACUAUCGAAGCCCAC